UAUCGAAAUUCUGCAAACGGAAACCGUCUGGCGACGGGUUCUUCUUCGCCAUACCCGACCCGUCGCUCUGGCCAGACUGCUCCUGGACAACAAGAUGGAAGCAAGACUGUCGACAAUCGUCGUGCUUUUUGCGCUCGCCGGACUCGCUUCGGCCCUACUCAGGGUUCCCCUGAAGCGCAUGAAAAGCGUUCGGGACCACCUCCGCGAGGUCGGCACGCCACUCAACGUGACUCGAACUUGGUCCCUGAGCGGUGCCUUUGCAGGACCCUUCCCGGAGCCCCUCAAGAACUACCUCGAUGCGCAGUACUACGGUGAUAUCACCCUUGGCACACCGCCGCAAGUGUUUAGGGUUGUCUUCGACACGGGCUCCUCCAAUCUGUGGGUUCCCUCCAGUAAAUGCUCCUUCACCAACAUCGCCUGCUGGCUGCACCACAAGUACCACAGCUCAAGGUCGAAGACGUAUGAGAAGAACGGCACCGCGUUCGAGAUCCGCUAUGGCAGCGGCAGCGUCAAAGGCGUGCUGAGCGCGGACGUGUUCGGCUUGGGCAACGUCACCGUGCGUAGCCAGACGUUCGCCGAGAUCAUCGACGAGUCCGGGCUGGCUUUCAUCGCGGCCAAGUUCGACGGCAUCCUGGGCUUGGGUUACCCGCGGAUCUCCGUGCUGGGCGUGCCACCCGUCUUCGACAACAUGGUGGCACAGGGCGUGGCCGCCAAGCCUGUCUUCUCCGUCUACCUGGACCGCAACACCUCGGACCCCCAGGGCGGCGAAGUGCUCUUCGGUGGCAUCGACAAGGCACACUACACCGGAAACAUCACCUACGUGCCCGUCACCCGCAAGGGCUACUGGCAGUUCCACAUGGACAGCGUGACAGUCGGAACGAACGUUACGUUCUGCAACGGAGGCUGCGAAGCCAUCGCUGACACUGGCACUUCCUUGAUUGCUGGGCCAACUGCGGAGAUCCAGAAACUUAACUUAGCCAUAGGAGCCGCUCCUUUCACCGCCGGAGAGUACCUCGUGAGCUGCAAAUCCAUACCGAAGUUGCCAAAUAUCACCAUCACCCUGAACGGUCAUGACUUCCAGCUUCAAGGAAAAGAUUACAUUAUGCAGGUGAGCCAGGCGGGCAUUCCUCUCUGCCUGAGCGGCUUUAUCGGCCUGGACGUUCCAGCUCCAAUGGGGCCCCUGUGGAUCCUUGGCGACGUUUUCAUUGGCCGCUACUACACCAUCUUCGACAGGGGCAACGACCGUGUCGGAUUCGCCCAGUCUCGCUAGGCGUCGGCCGAGCUCUAAAUCCAAAGCUCGAUGAAACUGCUCCAAAUGGAUAGCUUGCAGAGGCA